UUCAGCAGUUAAUUAUCACAGCACUUCAAACAGAAUAAAAUGGCGAAAUCUCGGUUCCAAGUUUUGAUAGUUUCGGUACUGGCUCUGAUGAUGACACCAUCAAUCCAAGGAGCGUCUCCUUGUAAGGAGAACGGUAUGGGCGACUGCUACAUAUGGCAAGAGGUUACUGAUUGUAUUAACGGCUACUUCGGUGCUGGUGUUGCGGCUGCUGCUUGCAAUACCGCUGGUGCUCAAUGCUGUCAAUCAUAUGACAACGCAGAUUUGCAACAACAUCUGACGGACACAGCCAGCGCUGCUGACGGACUGUGUACUGCUGCUGGAGGAGGGUGUCGCCAUUUUUCAAACUUCUGUGCCGGGGCCUACAACGGCAAUCCCGCACAUUGUGCUGGUUUUCCAGCGCGUCAAUGUUGUGUGUAAGAAAACAUGGUUUUGAUCAGACAAAGAAAUUUAUGUAUUCAGAAAUAUUGUAAUCGGAAAAAAUUUUGUUUCUCACUUUAUUAUAUAUUGUCAUAAUCUUCAACAGUUUGUAGUCUUUAUGACUGUGGUUCCAAACAUUUUUAUGGCUUGUGGCUCCCUUCCGUAAGCUUUUAGCACCAAUGGCCUCGUUAAUCAUUCCAGUGGUAUUUGGAGUGUUAUUAUGAUUGAAAUACCCUUAUCAAACAAUGAAUUGGUUUCUGCGGGACUAACUACUUAUCCUUCUUCUAUGCUUUUGUGCGGCGGAUUCGUAUGCAUAUAAUCAUGGUUGAACGAUGUAUGUCUGAAGAAGUCUGACCUCGGUCAGACGAAACGUUACAGAAAUAUAUUUGUGUUAGUGUGCAGCAAGACUCUUGAAUCACUCAAGCAAUGAAACUAGGAAAAGGGUAGUUUUCUUAUAACUGUAAAUGUAAAAGCAUCGUGGGCCUUCCAAUCGCUCUGGGGCCACGGACCCCCGCUUCGGAACCGCUGCAUUAUGAUAUGUUGUAAUUUAUUUUUUAACAAAAUCAAACGUAUUUACUCAGAGCUGAAAAAGAAUAAAAAAUUAUGUGCAUGAUAUCUAGACAUUCAGUGUUUAUUCAUUUUGAUGUCAAAUAAAUUCGUGUGAUAAAA